UCCCAUCUUCCCCGUCUCCUCUCAAUGAACGGCUCUGGAGUCUGGAGGCUAAACACCUCCGAACAAACCACACACACUGUGAAGUACCGUGGUAACUAACCAAAGCAUCAAACUCUGCACUCCCCACUGAGCUGACCACCUAUCACUGCGGGAUCGCCCGCCAAGCUCAUGACCUGGACUCCGAACUCGGAGCCCGCAUACCCGCCGCGAAAUCCUGCCGGAGCAACUGGCAUGAGGCUCAUAGUGCCCCUGCAGGGCGUUGGCCAAGGCAGAGGAGGCAUAAUUCUAGGUUCGUUGAUUCCUUGCGCUCUCUUCUACUUUUUCCAGCUGUAUCUGAAACGACACCGUUCUCCUGACCCGCCGCCAUCUUCGAAUCCUCCGUCGCCAUCAUCGUCGUCACCGAACCUGGCGGAGCUUCCCCGAAGUUCUUCGCGCUUAAAUUUGUCAACCCGUGGCUCCAUCGGACGGGUCCGCGUUUCGAACCGUGCUAGCUCUAUUGCGAAACCGAACGAUUCGCCGUAUUAUAUUGGGUUGGAUAAAGUUGCUACGGACCCGUAUCAUAGAAUGGAUAAUCCGGAUGGGAUUAUCCAGCUUGGUUUGUCCGAGAACAGAUUAAGCUUGGAUUUGAUUGAGAAUUGGUUAUCUGAGAAUUUGAUGUGUUCCAUAAUGGGAAGCGGAGAUGAUGAUUUGAGCAUUAGUGGGAUUGCAACAUACCAACCAUUUGAUGGAUUGAUGGAGUUAAAAGUGGCUAUGGCAGGUUUCAUGUCCCAUAUAAUGCAAAACAGAGUAUUUUUUGAUCCAUCACAGCUAAUAUUAACUGCUGGUGCCACUCCUGCAGUUGAGAUACUAUGCUUCUGCUUGGCAGACACUGGAAAUGCGUUUCUUGUUCCUACACCCUAUUAUCCUGGUUUUGAUAGGGAUAUGAAAUGGCGAACAGGAGUGGAGAUCGUUCCUGUUCAUUGUCGCAGCACCGAUAACUUCGUUUUGAGUAUCACUGCUCUGGAUCAAGCAUACAAUCAGGCAAGAAAAAGAGGAUUGAAAGUUCGCGGAAUCCUGAUUUCCAACCCUGCAAAUCCUGUUGGCAAUAUACUGACACGCGAAACACUUUACAAUCUUUUGGAUUUUGCACGAGAGAAAAACAUCCACAUUAUUUCUGACGAAAUAUUUGCAGGUUCUUUGUAUGAUAAUGAGGAGUUUGUGAGCAUGGCAGAAAUUGUUGACCUGGAAGAAUUUGACAAGAGCAGGGUUCACAUAGUAUAUGGGCUGUCUAAAGAUUUAUCUAUUCCUGGAUUUCGGGUGGGGGUUAUCUAUUCCUAUAAUGAGAGUGUUUUGGUUGCUGCUAAAAAGUUGACAAGAUUUUCUCCGAUUUCUGCUCCAAUCCAGCGGCUCGCAACUUCAAUGCUCUCAGAUACAAGGUUCACUCAGGAAUAUAUGAGAGCCAACAGAAAAAGGAUACAGCAAAUGUAUAACUCAUUUGUGGCAGGUUUGAAACAAAUAGGAAUUAGGUGUGCAGAAAGCAGCGCUGGCUUGUAUUGUUGGGCUGAUAUGAGUGAAUUGAUCCUCUCUUACAGUGAGAAGGGGGAACUUGAGUUAUGGGAGAAGCUUUUGAAUAUUGCUAAGAUCAAUGUCACUCCCGGCUCGGCCUGUCAUUGUAUAGAACCUGGGUGGUUUCGAUGUUGUUUUGCUACGUUAGAUCAGGAAGAUCUUCUGGUAGUUAUUGAACGGAUCAGGAAAGUUGCUGAAGGUUGCAAAUCUCCCAGUUAAGGUACAACUAGUGUUAUAACCGAAUAUCUUGUAAUCAACCAAAAGAAUUACUGGAAUGAUGGUCAAUCUUGUUGCCUUGAUUGAUCGAGGCUUGGUUUAUAAGACCUUGCUCUUUCAAUGAACCAGGAGAAAGUAUGUGGACACGCAAGUUGAAGAUCACAGAAUAUUUUAGAUUAAAGUAGUUCUCACAGAAAAUCAACAUAUAAUACAUAUUGACAAGUUUGGAUUGAUUUGUGACUGUAUCCUUGAGGUUGAAAGCCAGAACAACUUGGAAGGGAUUCCUGAUAAGGAGGACGCAAUUGUAGAUGAUGAACAGGAAUAAAAGCUUUCUUCUAUAUCAGUUUCAGUCUCGGUUGGUACUUUUUCCACUGGAGUCCUUCUACCAUUUUAAAGCUAGGUCCAAAGAAGCAGCAUCCAAAUGUUCUCUUAUUAAAUUCCUGCCAUUAGUUGAGUUCAGGAAUAUUAGAAAUUGUUUUGGUAUCUUUGUGCAAAAUAGCCGGCUAUUUUUAAUUUGAUAUUGAUUAGAGUAUAGAAGGCUUGAAAAAUAAAACGUGUAACCGUGCUUUUUCUUUA